GAGAAAGAAUACAUUCCAUAAGAAAAUAUUAUAGAAAACUCGUCUCGGAAGUAUAGAGAAAGUUCCAACAUUAACAUUUUCACAAAAAUAUAAUAAAACUCUUUGCGAAAGAGAAAUGUAUUUUCAUAAUACGGACAAACUCUGUUCCUUACAUCGCCAUGUUUGUAUCUGACGCCAUUUCCGAUAGACAAUACAUAGCGACGAAUCUUAUUUAACAAUUUUGUACUCGGAACACUUAGAAAGAUCAGUAGAGAAAUAAAAAUUGAGAUUACGCUACGUAUUAACAAAGAAAACUCGCGCAACAUAUGUGAAAUUUCUAAAUUAUUGACAGAAUGGGAAUUCCUGGAUUGACAACGUAUAUAUCGAAUCAUUCGGAUCGUUAUCUCGAAUAUUACGAACUGCACGAUACUUACUUGGUGAUCGACGGCAACAGUAUAGUAUGUCAAUUGUACGUUUCGCAUGCGGCAUGCAACUGUGCCUUUGGAGGUGACUAUGAUAAAUAUGCGGAAUGUGUGUCAAAUUUUUUCGACGAACUCCUUAUGUGCAAUGUCACUCCUUUGGUCUUGAUCGAUGGUGGUUGCGAAAACAAGAAGCUACAGACGAUCAUAUCCCGAACCAAACAGAAGAUCGAAAUAGCGUCCUAUUACACACCUUCCUUGCAGUCCAAGAGCAAAUUUCUCCCGCUACUUCUAAAGGAAGUGUUCAGGGAUGUUAUGAAAGAGAAGAACAUAAAAUAUGCGCAAUGUCUAUUUGAAGCUGACAAUACCAUAGCUGCGAUAGCGCGUAUUCUUAAUUGUCCCGUGUUGAGUUACGACUCCGAUUUUUACAUUUACGGAUCGUUGUACAUACCGUUUAAUACAUGGGAAAGUAAAGUAGCUUGGAAUCCAACGGGUACUUAUCGUGUAAAACGUUGCAAAAUCUAUUACGCUGAGAAGCUCUUUCGCGCUUACAACGGAUUGAAUCAAUCCUUGUUGCCACUUGCGGCUGUAUUACUGGGCAAUGAUUAUGUGAAGGGGCAUAAGUUCAAAGACUUUUUCCGUCAUCAGUUGAAGGUGCCAUCGACAGGAAGAAGGACAUAUAAUGAUCAGCAACGUCGUAUAGACGCCACGUUUCACUGGUUACGAAAACGAACUUUAAAUCAAGCUGUGACAGGAAUACUAAGCAGAUUACGUAAAUCGGAACGCAAAUAUGUGUUGAAUAUAAUUGAAACGACAAUAAAUGGAUAUAUUAACGCGUCGCUCAGCGUGUUACGUAUGUUGGAUGUUCCGGCGCAAAAAUUUUCGAAAGCGUGCGUACUGGAAGCAUCCAGGACAUACAAAUUCGAAGGCGACAUAUAUAAUUUGACGCACAUUGAUCAAAGUAAGGAAGUUGAUUUGAAUGAAGACAGUGACAAUGAAGCGGAUGAUCAGGAAAUAAUACGUUUAAUCGAAGAUAACGAACUAACUUCUAACGAAUCUCUGGUGAACAGCCUUCCUCGGUGGUUCAUUGACGAGUUCAAACUCGGCAGAUAUCCUUCUUAUUUCAUCGAUAUGAUAGUGCGAAAGUUGUAUGUUUGUCCCGCGCAAAUCGAGAAUUACGUCUCCACGCCGUCUAUCGUCGCGAGUUUAAAAAUUGUAAGCGUUAUUUAUGGUUUACUGAUUACAGGAGUUGAGGGAAAAAAAACCAACAUAAAGUACAUCGCUAGAGACGAAAACAAGAAGAUAAAGCGUUAUCAGUUGGAAUACUGUGACAGUUUACUUGGCUGUAAGUUACCUGCUCUAUCCAAUUUGAGAGAUCUGCCAAUUGUGAUCAGAAAAGAAAUUUUAAACAGCACUUUGGGAAUCGACAGUAAAAACAGCAUUGACAAAAUUCCGUCUAACUGGAUGUUAUAUAUCGCAACAAUCAAAUAUUGGCUAGAUCAACAAGAAGAACCACACAAGUUGGCGUGUCACGUGUAUUCCUUGCUAUUUGCUAUGUUAUUUAACAUAAUAGAUCAUCAGUUGGGCUUUUAUAGAAAUCCAAACAAGUUCCAUCACAGAUACAAUGCUAUUAUAAGACGUAUCCAAGAUUCAAGAAAAAUGUGCAACUAUCAACCACAAUAUUCAGUUAAUCAGUCGAUUAUGGAUGCAUAUCGCGAGAUCAAAAUGGAAGAUUGUUUGCUCGCAGCAUCAUUCUUUCUGUGCAAUUUCGAAAUUGAUCAAAAACUGUAUCACCAACCGAAGAAAUUUAAUAUCACAAUCGUUCACAGUUUUGCAGAGUUUCAAUAUUGUUUGAGACACUGCAUGAAUCUAAACGCGUUACUGGGUUAUCCGUAUGAUCAGAUCAAGGUCGCCAAUGUGUUUAACGGCACGCUUCUGUACAAUCUCUGUAGCAAUUUUAAAUCGCGCAAUGUCGUCGAAGUGUACAUUAAUACAAUUUUACAAAAUUCUCCGAGUCUGUUGCAUUUCUUUAAUGUGCUCUUAUCGCAAGUCAAACCUUUGUUCGCUACGGCGCUAGAGUGGAAGAUUGCCAAACAUAAAAAGAGCAGAUCAAAAAGAUACAAACGGAGCCACACUACGCAAGAAGAGGAUCACGAAGAAGAAACUGAAGAAACUCAAGAAACUCGAGAAGACAGCAGUGACGAAACGGCAUUUCACGACUUAAAUAAUCCUUUUUCCGUAUUAAGAAACUCAUCAUGAUUAGCUUUCUUCAGUUAAUAUAAUAAAAUCAAAGUGCGAAUGUUUUUGAACUUAACAUAAGUAUAA